UCAAGAAUAGUAGCAUCUUGAACAAGCUGGAAUGGACUGGUUGAUGGGAGAAGUUGCAGAGCUGGUUAAGGCUGAAAUGCAUCGGAGGGAUAAGAGCAGGUUGCAAUCUCUGUUCGGUGCAACUACUGAGAGUUUAUGCACCGCAGACAAAUUCCUUGGAUUUUGUCUCACGUUUAGCCAAUAUUCUCUCUCCUCUUCCUAUUCCAGAUUCGUAACUGCAAAAAUGGACCUUGAGCGUUUUCCACCUUCUUUCUUGUGUUGGGGCGAUGCGGGGUGACCCGAUAUCCUCUUUGCAUCCUCCACCUCUGCAGAUAGGCGUUUGCUCAGUGUGGGGUGUAGCCGCUUUUUCUCUGGACACGAAGGGCAUCUUUAUCCAUAUUUGGGAAGUUUUAAGAAACGCCAAUUGCAGUAGAAAGAUGUGGACAAGCUAUGAACUCCACUUCCCUGUAUCGCUGUGAUUUCAUUUUAUUAAGCUCCUGGCGGUAGGCAAUCCUUCAUUCAUUUAUGCCUGCUGCAAUCCAGUAGUCCGAAGCAUAGGGGCCAAAAAUUUUCAAAAACAAAUUACAAACACUUUGUGGUGGGAGGCAGAAAAAACAUGGGGAUUCCCAAACUUAUUAACCUAAUUGGUUUCUUUUGGAACCCUUGCUUCGUCUAUUCUCCUUGUAUAUUUAUUUAUUUAUUAGAUUGUUUCCUAUUCUCUAAUUUUGAAGACACAGCUCUCUGGAAAAGGCUUCUAACGCUGGGAAAGGUGGAAGGGGAGAUGACUCGGGACUCGGUUGCAGCAUUGCAGUAGCAUUGAGGGAAGGGAGUUGGCUGACUUGAAAGGGACAACUUAUUUUCUAAAGCUCCGGGAAGCAGGAUAAGAAGUCAUGGAUGGAAACUGAACAGAGAAGCAACGUAGAACCAAGGAGAAAUUUCCUGAUAGUGACACCAGUGGAACGGCUUGCCUCCAGAAUUUAUGGGUCCUCCACACUUGAGGCUUUUAAGAAGGGACUGGACAGUCAUUUGUCUAAAAUGGUAUAGGGUCUCCUGCUUGAGCAGAGGAGUGGAUUAAAGGCCUCCAAGGUCUGUUCCAACUCUGUAUUCAAUUAGGGAGAGAUUGUGGAGAAAAUUGCUAGAAGUUAAAAAUGACUUGAUGGCAUAGAAUGGAUCACUUUUAGAAUUGAAAUCCAGAAAGUCCUUAAAGCAUGUAGAUGCAAUGCAGCAAUAAUGGGGAGCAGAAUCUGCUUUGUUUUCCAGGCCCUUUGAAGGUUAAUGAGGCAUCAUCUAGAAUGGUUGGACUACAACUCCCAUCAAGUAAGAUAAAAUAUGAGACAAACUGCAGGCCAUUUAACUUAGCAAAGACUGAUGCUAGAUUGCUCUAAGAUUACUUUCUGAAAAUUAAACCAAACCCCAAAUUAGUUAUUCUUUGCUGACACCUUUGAAGGAUUAUUAGGCACGUCUCUUCUGCUAAAGGUUUACAGUAUAUUAGAUUAACAUGAUUGAAUCUUUUCCUGCAUGAGAACUCGUGACUCCAGGCAUGGGUAUCACUCUGUCUUCUGGCUCUAUGGACAGGGUUCAAACUUAAGAGACGCCCCCUUUGUAGACCUCCCACUUUCAACUCUGUCCUGAGCUCGUGAGGACGUUUCUGGGUUUACGCCUGUGUGUUUGGAUUUAGCAGGAGUUGGAGUUUGGAAAUUUGUGCUGUUCUCUUUGAAAUGGCAUCAACUGAAAAUAUGGCGUCGGAUGCCUCACUUAGUGACCAGAUGGAGGUCACUGAUGCUUCUCAACCUCAGAGAGCUGCCACUGAAGGCUCGAAGAGCCGUUGUCAUAAGACAAGGAGUGGCAGUUCGGAAGCAGCUGCAAAACUUAGAGCAAAAGCCUUGGCGCUUAAAAGGCCCACUAAAGCGCAGGAGAAGGCGGAAAAACGCCGCCAGAAGGCGCUGGAAAGACAGGUACAGAGGAACACCAACAAGGCCACUAAGUCCACAUUUAUUAGGGAUCAGGUACAGCCUAUGGAGAAAGAUCCAAUGGUGGAACCGGAUCCUUCUUCCAGUUUUCUGGCCAGGGCCCUGUCGCCUCAGCCAUCAGGGAGCGGCUCCAAUACAGGGAGGCCCAGUUCUACACCUAUCAACUUGGUAGCAUCACAAGGGGCUAGGCAGACCAUAGACCAGGUGACAGAAAUGCCUGAGUUAGUGCGGAAAUGGAUCGCGGAGGGGAUUCACCGGGAACUUGAGGCAGGCAAAAGUCGUAACAGGCAAUCUGUUCUUGGGGCGGAAGCCCAGUCACAGGAUAGGGAUCAGGUAGAAACAGAACCAGCAGACAGACACAUGGGGUCGCGUUCUGACAGCUCUGAUUCGCCUUCAGAGGCGGAGAGUUCCCCAUCCAUGGAGGAUGAACAAUGGGACCAGGAAUUGUCUGAGGAAGAAGGUUUUUUACCGGAGCAGCCCAUAUUUAAAGGGCUGUUCAGGCCUCAUCUUUUUAAGGCCUUGUUGAGUAAAGCUAAGGCGAUUACUGAACAGGGACUCCUAGGGGAACAAGGUGCCUGUCCAGAGCAGGACCCUGCAGACAUGCUUUUUUCUGAACCAACGGUGGAGACGGAGACAGUUCCUGCUCCUCAAUUAUUUCUAGAUAUGAUUAAGAAACAGUGGGAAGCCCCGGCCGCAUUACCGAACAUGUCCUCCCUUGAGAGACGGUUUUUUAACACGGCUUCUGACCUGAUGGAACUCCUGAGAGUGCCUGAGGUGGAUGACCCGGUUUUGGCCCUGGCUUCCUCUUCAGCCACCUUGGUUGAACCUGAGGAAGUUUUGAAGCCAGAGGAUCGGAAGUUGGAGCAGGCCCUCACGAAGACACAUCAGACGGCAGCCUGGGGUAUAAGGGCGGCCAAAGCAGCAUCCUUCUUCAGCAGGGCCGUCCUCCUGUGGCUUAAACAAAUGCAGGAGAAAGUGCCGGUGACCGAUCUGAGGACUCAUCAGGAUUUCAACAAGAUAGUGGCAGCUGUGGAAUACACAGCGGAUGCCACUAUGUCCUCCACAAAAUAUGUGGCAAAGUUGAUUGCGUCCUCGGUCACAGCACGGAGGUUUCUUUGGUUAAAAAAUUGGCAGGCAGACACAAAGCGCAGAUGGCGAUUGGCCUCUGUGCCAUUUAAAGGUGCAAAGUUGUUUGGUGAGGCUUUGGAGCCCGUGUUGACGGAAACUAAGGGGAAGAAGAAGGUGUUGACUGCCUUGUCAAGGAGAGGGGAUACAAGGUUUUCCCCCUCCUUUCGGAAGUCUUAUUUUCGUCCCUAUUGGGGGUCAGCCUUUGGCAGAUAUCAGAGAGGUUUUCAAACACAGGGAGGUCAGUGGGGCCACUAUCAUCACUCAGAGGAGGGGUCCUCUCACAAAGGUAGGUCCCACGGUCAGUCACGGUGUCCUUUUCGGGGGAGGGGCAACCGCUCCUUCCGCAGACACCGCUGACGGCAGGCAUCAGGCUCCCAUUGGUGGCCGUCUAGGGCUGUUCGCCGACCAGUGGGAGAAAACAUCCUCCGAUCUACGGAUAAGGGAGACCAUUUCAUCAGGUCUCUCACUAGAAUUUCUUGCACCCCCUCCGACGGUCUUAUUUCGAUGUCCCAGGUCUCGAGAUGCGGCAAAAAGAGAGAUCAUGGACACUGCGGUUCAGCACUUGCUGAACAUCGGAGCGGUGGAGCCCGUUCCGGUUCACAAACAAUGGAGCGGUUAUUACUCAAUGUUGUUCGUCAUCCAGAAGGCCUCGGGGGGGCUGCGACCAAUUCUCAACCUGAAAGGAUUGAACAGAUAUGUGAAGUAUCGGAGGUUCAAGAUGCACUCCCUGCGGUCAAUCCUUACGAAUGUCCGGAAGGGGGACUUCUUGACCUCCAUAGACCUUACGGAGGCAUACCUUCAUGUUCUGAUAAAUCAGAAGCACAGGAGGUUCCUGAGGUUCUUUUACGACGGCAAGCAUUUGCAGUACCGAGCGCUUCCAUUCUGCCUUGCCUUGGCCCCCAGGGUUUUUACGAAGAUCCUGGCGGCAUUAGGAGCGCUUCUCAGGGCUCGUCCAAUAUGGAUUCAGGCCUACCUGGAUGAUAUUUUGGUGCAGUCAGUCUCUCACAGACAGGCAAUAGAAGAUUUGAAGGAGACGAUACUUUGUCUGCAGACUCAUGGUUUCUCCAUAAACAUGGGAAAGAGUCACAUCAUUUCCACGAACCGGCUGUUGCAUUUAGGGGCAGUAAUAGAUACGCUGAAGGGUCAAGUUUUCCUGUCCCCAGACAGACUUCAGAGCAUCAAGGACCUGGUAGUGCAGAUUCGCUCACAGAGGAGAGUUCCGCUUGCGUUACUCUCAUCUCUGCUGGGCAAGAUGAUUUCCUGCAUAGAGGUGGUCCCAUGGGCAAGGUUUCAUGCAAGGCCUUUACAAUGGUUCAUGUUACCGUUUCAGAGGUCAGGCAGGGACACGUCGCAGUUCAAGGUCAGGGUCCCGGGAGACGUUCUAAUGUCUCUACGCAGGUGGAAGUCCAGGAACAUGGAAAGAGGCUGCCAUUUUUUGGAACAGGACCACAUCACGGUGACAACGGAUGCCAGUCUGAUAGGCUGGGGGGCUCAUUGUCAGGACCAGGUGAUCCAGGGCUCUUGGUCAAGGGGGGAGACAAAGAGGAGCAUAAAUUGGCUGGAGCUGAGAGCGGCCAGGUUAGCGCUCAGACAUUUCAGGCACUGUUUGAGGGAUCGCAUGUGCUUCUCCUGACAGACAACAUCACAGUGAAGGCCCACAUCAACAGACAGGGAGGAACUCGAUCCAGGGGGCUCAUGGUGGAGGCGGAUCGCCUUUGUCGCUGGGCCGAGCGCAAUGUGGAACACAUUGCCGGGAUAGACAAUGUCAGAGCAGAUUGGUUGAGCAGGGCACCUCUGGAUCCUGCAGAAUGGAGACUGGAUCCGGAGUUAUUCAAGGAGAUUGUGAGGCGAUUCGGACAGCCGGUCAUCGAUCUCUUCGCAUCUCCAGUAAACCAUCAACUUCCUCGGUAUUUCUCCAGGUCCCCAGCGCCAGGGGCGGAAGGGGUAAAUGCCCUCCGUCUUCCUUGGCCCAGGGGUCUACUAUAUGCCUUCCCUCCGAUGGCUAUCGUUCCUCGGGUAAUUGGUCGGAUUCUGCAGACCAGGGCACAGGUCAUUCUGGUGGCACCAUACUGGCCCAGAAGGCCGUGGUUUGUGGAUCUGGUACGUCUGUCGGUCGCCGCACCAUGGAGGAUUCCACCCGACAGGGUGUCUCUCAGUCAGGGACCAGUUCAUCACCCGGGUCCCCAGUGGUUGCACUUGACCGCGUGGCUGUUGAGCGGAGACUGCUAGAAAGACGGAAAUUUCCCUCAGA